AGUCUGCAUGGAUGUCACCAUGGACUAUAUCCGCGAGUUCGACAUCCGCCUGGACCGGGAGAUGUACUACGCCGGGGAGGUACUGGCCGGGCACGUGCUCUUGGAUACGGUGGAGAACUUCAAACUGAGAUCGGUCCGAGUCGUGCUGAGGGGGAAGGCACACGCCGAGUGGAAGGUGGUUGUCAGCGGCGACCGGCGGACAGUCCGGGAUGAUCAGUACUUCAUAGACGACAGAGCGAUCAUAUGGGGGAAAGACAAGCCUGAUGGAAACAUUCCAAUUCUGCCUCGCGGACUUCAUCAGUUUCCCUUCCGAUUCCAGUUGCCAGAGAGUUCCCUGCCGUGUUCCUUCGAAAGCAAACCGGGAUUCAUACGUUAUUAUAUUAAGGUGACAGUAGACAUUCCGUACGCCUCCCCACCACAGGGUAUGAAAUACUUUACAAUAAUCGGCCCUCACAUAGACUGCAUGGACGAACAAUACCUGAAACCUAUUAUAGGCCAAGACAAGAGGACGACGUGCUGUUUGUGCUGUGAGAAAGGACCUGUAGUACUGAGGACACAACUGGAAAGAUCGGCCUAUGUUUGCGGUGAAUCGAUAAAAUUAAGAGCCAACGUCGACAACCAGGGGGAGGAAGAAGUUCGACUGAAAGUUAAAUUAAUACAGUACGUGGAGUACUUCAUAGACAGAGGGGUUUUGGGUGUGACCAAGGAAGUACAACAUCUGGUGCUGGAGUACCGGGGAGACUCUGUCAAGCCCAACACAAGACACAAGUGGGACUCCGCCCAGAGCCUGGUCGUGCCGGUCAUGCCUCCAUCCCUCGUCGGCAUAUGCAGGCUCCUCCAAAUAUACUACGUACUCAAGGUGAAUUUAGAGUUUGAGAAAUCUGGUGACGAUCUCCACAUGCACUAUCCCAUCACCGUAGCAACCGUGCCAUUCAGAAUUCCGAACUCUACGCAGCCCACCAUUCACUACGACGUGGCCUGCGAGCACGUGGAGGGCGGCAUGUACAUCGGUCCAGAGUUUCUCCUGGGGCAGGUGUACGACGGUAGCAAUGCUCAAGAAAUGCGGGAAACUGUUGUACUCUACCGACCAGUCUAUGUUUGUGUUACAAGGAACAAUGACUGCAACGCAACUUAGUACAAUUGCAUUUUGAUUUUUUUUUUUUAUUGACGUUUAACUGUUAUUUUGUGUAAGUUAAUUAAACGAAGCCAAAAAUUAUUCAAGUCACACCUAAGAAUAAGGUUGUUUGUAUGUUUUUAGAUAUAUAUAACAAUAUUGUUACAUGUAAGGUAAACUUUAUAAUGUAAUUGUAAGAACCUUUUCCAUCGAUUCAAACAAGUGAAGAAUGUGAUACUACCGUGUCAAAUGUUUCAAUUAAAUAGUAUAUGUUUUUA